AUGUCUUCUUUUCUUCUUGAGAACUUCAAAAACAAAACUUUACAAGGAGAAUUUCAACUCUUGGCAUUUACCAACAUUGCUGGAGCGAAAAUUCCGAUCGUCAUUUUUGUCUUAUUGUUUUAUGUGUUGUCCUUGAUGGGAAAUCUGAUUAUUAUUGCACUUGUUUGCUUGGCAUCCCAUCUACAUACUCCAAUGUAUUUCUUCCUAUGCAAUCUUUCAAUUCAAGAUUUGAUAUAUACUUCUAAUCUCCAUCCCAAGCUCUUGUCCAUCACUUUAACAGGUAAUACCAGCAUUGCUUUUCCUCCAUGUAUCUCACAAAUAUAUCUAUUCAUCUUUUGUUUUGAUGUUGAAAUUUUCCUAUUGACUUCAAUGGCCUAUGAUAGAUAUGUUGCCAUUUGUAGCCCAUUGCAUUAUUCUCUCAAAAUGAAUAGAAAAGUUUGCAUGCUACUGGCCAUCGGCAGCUGGAUUUCUGGUGCUUUGAAUUCUACAGUGCACUCCUUUAUAAUGUCCAAUCUACCCUUUUGCAAGUCUCGAAUAAUAAAUCACUUUUUCUGUGAAGUGGAAACCAUGCUCAAACUUUCAUGUAAAGAUACCAAAGAUGUACAACACUUUAUUUUUUUUGAAUGUUUGUUUUUAGGAUUUGUUCCAUUUUUGCUUAUAAUGAUCUCCUACAUAUACAUCAUAAUAACCAUUCUUAAAAUUCGCACCUCAGAAGGCAGACGUAAAACCUUUUCCAGCUGCUCUUCCCAUCUCACUGUGGUUAUUCUGUUAUACGGGACAGGUCUAGGCUCUUAUAUGAAAACAGAGACAAAAAAUUACCCAGAACAAGACAAACUGAUCUCCAUGACAUACACCCUCUUAGUUCCAAUGUUAAACCCACUGGUAUAUAGCCUGAGAAAUAAAGAUGUUUUAAAAGCCAUGACAAUUUUAACUGGUAAAAGCAGUAAAAUAUAA